AUGGCUAGUUUCUCCCUGCAAGUCCUCCUAUUCUUCUUCUCUGGCUUUCGCAAACGCUGCAGCUCCCGCGCGCUCAGCGUCGUGUUGUGGCUCGCCUACCUAUCGGCUGACUCCCUCGCGGUUUACAUCCUCGGCCGCCUCACCCUCCGUGGAGGCGGCAACCAGUUCGCCCUCUUCUGGGUGCCCUUCCUGCUUCUCCAUCUAGGUGGGCAGGAGACCAUGACGGCCUUCUCCAUGGAGGACAACGCGCUGUGGAAGCGCCACCUUCUGAGCCUCGCUACCCAGGUUCCAAUGGCCAUCUACGCCGUCGGCAGGCAACUGCAAGGAGAUGACCGUCGGCUCGUGGCUCCUAUGGUGCUAGUGUUUGUCUCUGGGACUGCGAAAUAUGCCGAGAGAAUCUGGGCACUCCGGAGAGCUGGCUCAGUGGCGCCUGGAACAAGUAACUCCUCUAGCUCAAAUCUUGUCGCUCGUGCGUCCAGCGACGCCUUCUGGAACACGCAGGCGUAUUACAGUCAGCUCUGCAUUGUUGUUUCAGAGAAGCAGGAGAGAAAUUUCGAGUUGAUCCUGCAUGUGGCAGCCGAGGGCUUCAAACUAAGCCUCUAUUUUUUGAUGGACAUGACCCCUUCCAUCUGCCUGUUUCCCGCGGAUAUCAAUGGGAUCAAGCAGGCUGUGGAUGUGUUCAAAUCUUCAGAGAACAUUGUCCAUAUGGCAUACAAGUUGGCCGAGAUCAACCUCUCAUUGAUCUAUGACUACUUGUACACCAAGUUUGGCACCCGCCAUUUCCACAUGGUCCCAGUUUGCAUUGCCUUUCGCCGGAUCCUCGCUCUGGCCCUAAUAUCAGGUGCGCUUGGAUUGUUCGUGAGGGCCAUGGCCGGCGGUCCGAAUCCGAAGGCGAAGGGGCAUGAUGAUGGAGCUGAUGUCAUCAUAUGCUACGUACUACUCGUCGGCGCCAUCAUACUGGAGACAUGCUCUAUCUUCAUGUCGUUUAUCUCCUCAUGUUGGGCGUACAACACCACCUUUUCUCUUCCACUGAAAUGCCCAAUGUACCAAAGAUUCCCUGGCACAGUCGCAGCAAUGGUCAGAAUAGCAAGGAAUCUGCAUCCGGAAAGCAGAGGCGAGUGGUCGGCAAGUAUGGCGCAGUACAGCAUAAUCGGGGACUGCAUCAAGGAGAAACAAGAAUCGGGCCUGUUACGACGGACGAUGCGUUGGGUCGGCAUCGAUCAGCGUGCCUUGAAGCAUGUCGGCAUCUCGCCAGUGAUGAAGAAGCUGGUCCUAGAUAAAUUGCUCGAGAUAGCGGCCACUCCACGCGUGCAGGAAUGGGACAUUGGAGUCGGCAAGUUCAGUGGCCAGUGGGCGCACUGGGCCGUUGAGGCAAUGCAAGAUCGUCACCAGAGUGCAGCUCGGCAGGUGCUUCAGGUCAGCAACAUCAAAGGUUUGGAGUUCGUGUCAAGUGCGCUUCUUUGGCACAUUGUCACGGAUAUAUGCUUGCUCGAAGUCACAGCUGACGCUGUUGAUGAUGUACACAGCAUCAACUCCAUUCAGGUUCCGGAGGAGCAUUUAGAAGGUGUUUCUUCUCUGCAUGAGAAUGGCAAUGUAGGCGGCAGUUCCACGCAGGAAGAGCGUUUAGAUGGCAGCUCCCCACAUCAUGGUCAUGAGAAUGGAGACUGCAGUUCCACUCUGGAAGAGCGUUUAGACGGCGGCUCUCCACAUCAUGAUCAUGAGAAUGGAGACGUUAAUUCCAUUCAGGAAGUGCAUUUAGAUGGCAUCUCUUCACACCAUGACCAUGAGAAUGUAGACGGCGGCAGCAAUUUUUGUCACGAUAAGGAUGUAGACGGCAGCAUCUCUGCGUUGAGAGGCGCUGCCAGAGAGCUGUCAGAUUACAUCAUGUACCUCGUUGCAGAUUGCGGCGCCAUGGCCGGCAGUGAAGGGCACUACGCGGUCAUUAAGGGCAAGCGCGAGAUGUCGAACUGGCUACUUGAGCAGACGACUACUGGAGCAGCGUGUGAUCGGAGGACGGUGGUUGAGGAGAUCCGCGACAAACCUAGCUCUUUCUUCCAUGAAGACUACUACCCCGUGCUGGAUCGAGCUCGCCGGGUUGCCUCGGACUUGCUUCAGAUUGCAGAAGCAGGGGAUCGUUGGAAGCUGAUUGCCGCCAUAUGGUUAGAGAUGCUUUGUUACAUUGCAUACAACUGUGGAGCGGCGUUCCAUGCCAAGCAUCUAACCACCGGUGGUGAGUUUGCCACUCAUGUCAAGAUGCUCCUGUUUAUGCUAGGUGUACCUUUUCUGAGGGAUGUCAAGGAACCCUUGUUAUCUAAAGCCGGGGAUAUAUACUCGUAA